CCAGUCGAGAAAGCGGAAAAUACUGGUACCGAAGACAACACCACAUUGAAGAUAAGAGCGAUAACUGCAUCUUUGCGUCGGAUGAAUGUAUACGGAGCGGGCGGAGAGCAACGAUCUGUUUUCGAAAACCAGACUUCAAACAUCACAGCUCAGUCGCUUUCAGUGCUGAGUGAGUCUGCGGAAUGUUUCCGAUAGAACCUCUGGUGCUAGUCCAUGGUGGAGCGGGUGAUAUUCCGAGCGAACGGGUGCCCGGAAAACUGCUGGGUGUCAAACUAGCAGCCAAAGUAGGAUACGAAAAGCUGCGCCAAACCGGGUGCGUUCUGGACGCGGUCGAAGAAGCAGUUCGCUCGAUGGAAUUGGAUCCGUUUUUCAACGCAGGCUACGGAUCGGUUCUCACAACUGAGGGAAACGUUGAAAUGGAAGCGAGUGUUAUGUGCGGAACAACACAACGAGCGGGAUGUGUAUCGUUGAUCAAGGAUAUUAUGCAUCCGAUCAGUUUGGCACGGAGGGUCAUGAAAACGCCCCACAACUUUCUCGCUGGUGAUGGAGCGAUGCGUUUCGCGAAGGAUGAGGGCUUUGAAAUAAUGGAACCUGCUGGGCAGCUGGUCACCGAUUAUGCCCGCGAAGCGCUGGAGGAAUGGAAGGAGAGCCAACGCAGAGGAGAAAACGAAUUCGCAAGGACCGAAAUCGGCUCAUCAAAUAAGUAUAAGGUCGAGGUUGGAACGGUGGGAGCUGUUGCUAUCGAUGGUAGCGGAAAUAUCGCGGUAGCUACAUCUACCGGAGGCAUCACAGGUAAACUUCCUGGAAGGAUAGGAGACACUCCACUCGUUGGAUGUGGAACAUACGCGGAUAAUCGGGUGGGAGGUGUUUCGACCACUGGCCAUGGUGAGACAAUUAUGAGACAUUGUUUGGCUUAUGAUAUUUUGAAAAGAAUGGAAUAUUUGCAAGAGGAUGCACAAACUGCAACGGAGAAUUCCUGCAAAAGAAUGACUGAACGAUUGAUAGGAACUGCUGGAGCCAUCACCAUUGAUGCAAAGGGGCAAGUGGGCAUAUCUUUCAAUUCCAAGCGUAUGGCAUGGGCAUAUCAAAAGUGUAAUACAAUAGUAUAUGGCAUCGAGCAAGGACAGAUUAUUGAAGAAGUCUUAACUCAAUGAAAGGAAAAACUUACCGCGAAUCCAACCGUCGAUAUCUGUGGCCAUGAAUAAGUCUAUAUUUAAGGUGGCCUAAUCGUCUGUCAAAAUUACUAUUCAUUUUCGGUUGUCACGAAUCCAAUAUAAAACACAUGAGGUAUCAUUUAUAUAUCCAUAGAUUUUCUUAUCACAACGAACAAAUACACGCUAAACUUUUGAGUCGCUAAUCAACA